AUGUCUACCCAAAAAUUAUUUGAUACUAAAGUUUUACGAGUUAAACCAGAAUCCAUAAAGUUUUCACCGAACGCUUUCUUGGACGGUUCGCUACCCACAAUAUUGGAUCCAAAUACGGAGGUAGCCCUUAGAGAGGCAGCACGUAUAAUCAGAGACACAGAUGAUACAGUGGCAUUCCCUACUGAAACAGUAUAUGGCCUAGGUGGAUCUUCCUUGAAUGAUGACUCUGUUCUUAACAUAUACAAAGCCAAAAACAGACCCAGCGAUAACCCUCUAAUCUCACAUAUAUCAUCUAUAGACCAGUUGAACCGUAAAAUAUACGGGGACACAAAUCUUCAUCCCUCUGAAUUACUAAAACACAUUCCAAAGUCAUAUCAUAAUCUAAUCAACACACUCUGGCCUGGUCCACUAACCAUCCUUCUUCCAGUCCCCCCUCAUGAUACUAAUACGCUUUCCAAAUUGACAACAGCAGACCAACCGACAUUUGCCGUUAGGAUUCCAUCCAAUCCUGUAGCGAGAGCAUUGAUUGCAUUAAGUGACACUCCAAUUGCAGCACCAUCGGCUAAUGCUUCAACCAGACCUUCUCCUACCCUUGCAUCACACGUCUAUCAUGAUCUUCAAGGAAAGAUCCCUCUGAUUUUGGACGGAGGUGCCUGUAAGGUUGGUGUCGAAAGUACGGUAGUUGAUGGAUUAUGCAGUCCUCCACUUUUACUAAGACCUGGUGGUUUCACAUAUGAGGAUAUUAGAUAUGUUGGAGGUGAAUUUUGGGCAAACUGCAAAGUUGAAAGUACAAAGAGUGUAAAGGCCGAUGAGAAAGUCAGAACACCUGGUAUGAAAUAUAAGCACUAUGCUCCAUCAGCUAAGGUUGUACUUUUGCUACCGUCGGAUGAUAAAGAUAAAGAAAAGAAAUUGGAGCUUUUCAAGCAAUUAUUUUCAAAAGAGAUACAUGACAACCCUGGUGUUCAAAAAAUAGCCAUUCUGACCACAAAAUAUCUAGACAAUAUUAAAGACUCUGAACUUGAAAAUUACAAAAAUUGCGAUUUAAUUAUAAAGACUUUGGGUCAUGAUGGUGAGGAAAUUCAAGCAAAUCUAUUUGCAGAAUUAAGACAAGUUGAUGAAACUGACAAGGUUGAUCUGAUAUUUGUUGAAGGGAUUCCAGAGGAAGAGGAAGGUCUAGCAGUGAUGAAUAGACUAAGAAAGGCAGCAGCCAACAAUUGCAUAGCAUUUUAA